AUGCUCACAUUACCGCGACAAGCACUUCGCCAUUCUAGAGCAUCGGUUGUACCGGAGCCAUCACCUGUUAAUAAAUCAUCUAUUGAAAAAAAUGAGGCAAAACAGAUUGAUUCGCUUGCAGCUCGAAGAUAUUGCACUUACGAUCUAAAUUGGAAAGAUUAUGGCGAACGUGGAAUGGAUGAUAAAAAAGGUGCUCCAGAUAUGAACAUACCCAAGAAUCCCGCACCUAACGCCCAUGUACCUCUUCCCCAGAUACACCUUACUCCUCAAAAAUUGUCAAAUGAAAGGAGAACGGAAAAAUUUGCACAACCUUUUGGCGGUAUAACUGUCACAGUUAUGCAAAAGGUUGAGAUCAAUUCUAAUGAUUGUAGCAGAAUUCCUCGGCCCGUAAGUGUCAUUAUGCAAAGAAAGGACCACCCUGUGCAAAGGUGGCCGCGACUUUUGUCAUCACAAAUAAGGAAUGACAAUAAAUCGGAUUUGAUGCAGAAAGUUGGUUCACUUGACACAAGUGACAGGUUUAACGCUCCGAAAAUUAUGGUAAAUGCUCCAACCUCAAACCCCGGAAAUUCUAAUGAUCCUACUGACAUGGAGGACGAAGAUGCGUUUUCGACCGUCCGACCUGUCACACCUCCAAAGUUGAUUCACGCCACUCUCGUACCUUUAGAGCAGUUUAGAAAGAUUAAAUUUACAGAGGAAAUCGCAAAUAAUACUGAACUAGUACUUGAUGGCAAGCGAGAAAGGUCGUUAUUUGACAAGCGUGCUCCAUUCGAGCAUGGCGUAUCCGUUAGAUUCGAACAAGAUGAACCAAAAAGUAUUAUUAACUCUGUAACCUUAAAUAAUCGUGUUUCACCCCGCCGGAAGUUAUCUCGCGCAAAUUCCAAGCGAAAAAGAACAAUGUUAUCACCAAGUGUCAAUCAAAGCGUACCCAAGUCAUCAACCGGUCCGAAGUUAAAUGUCCACAACAAUAACCAGGAUCUGCAUUCCCUGAAAUCAUCGUCACGUGCCAAUUCAGGGAAAGAGUCAUCAUCAAGUGUCAAAAGACCAUCCCAAAUCUUUAGACAACAAUUACUAGAGCAAAGUUUAUCCAUGUCACUGGCUGCCUUGGGAUCGAACAAUUUAACGACAAGCAUCAAAUCUGUACAAGAUGUACCAAAAAGUGCCAACCGACAAUUAACGCGUGUCAAUUCCAAGCGAAAAAGGUCUUCAAUUUCACCACCAGGUGCUAAACGAACUUCUCAGAUGUUUAGGCAAAGAUUAUUGGAACAGAGUUUAUCCAUGUCAUUCGCCGACCCAAGAUCAACCAAUUUACCCCAGUCAAAAUUACCAACACGUCGAUUGCCCAGAAAAAUAAGAGAUCGCGAGAUAACGACAGAAAAAACCAAUAAAGGAUAUUCACCGGCCCUUGAAGAACCAAAGGUCAAUGUUCUAUUGAUGCCCAAAAUAUUAGAUACCGAAGAGUUGUCCAAAAAAGUGAAACAAGAAAUGCAGAAACAGGCAAGAUUACAACCUCCACAACCGCCACCUAGACAAAUGACCCAUAAUUCACUGUCACCAAGUUCUACUCCAACAUUGCCGAGAUCGAGAUGCAAUACCCCAUCGGAAAUGAAAGUUCCGGGGUCUUUACCACUAAGAUCUGUGACUCCAAUCUCUCCAAGAUCUGUUUCAAUUGAACGUCCCCCGUUCCAGACUCACUUAUCACGUCACAGCAUUAUGAAAGUACCUUUUCCGAUGGCACUCCGUGUCUCUCCGAUGUUCUGA